AGAGAGAGAAGAGUAGCAAACGAAGCAGCGAUAGCGAAGUCUGUUUUUCGUUUUCUCUCUCUAUAACUCAAAGUCUUGGUUUGCUGGAAGAGAAGCCAAAACCGCAAAAGCCUAUACCUUCCAAAUCUCUUCAAUCUUUCGUAAGACUAUUGCACAGAAGGCUUGAUAGGUGUUUGAUAUUUCGCCUAAGUGAACUAGAUUUGGGAUGUCCAUGAACAACAAUAAUCCCCCCAAGAGCCUUGGAGCGUCUUCGUCUCCCUUCAGUAAUGCGGGGAUGCCUGGAAACCCUGUAUUCUCGCAAGCACAAGCACAAGCACAACUUAGUGCUGGUUUUCAAGCUCAGUUUCAGCUAUCCCAAGCUCAGGCCCUUGCAUUGGCUCAGUCAAAAGCUCAGGCCCUUGCUCAAGCUCAAGGGCAGGUAGCUCAUGCCCAGUUCCAAGCACAACUUCAAGCUCAAAGUUUGUCCCUUAACCAAGCUCAAAAUGCUGGCAUUGGUAAUAUAGGUUCGUCUUCGCCAUCUUUUUCUACUCCUGGCAGUGCAAGUGUGAAGAGGAUCUUUCAAAGGCCCCCUAUGCGUCCUCCUGGUGUUCCGAUGACAAACACAAUGUCCCCUUUGAGAAUGAUGGAACUUACACCUGCCGCGCGAAGAAAGAAGCAGAAGCUUCCUGACAAACAGUUACAAGAAAGAGUGGCUGCAAUUCUUCCCGAAUCUGCUUUGUAUACCCAGCUUCUUGACCUUGAGACACGUGUUGAUGCCGCGGUUGCUCGGAAAAAAGUUGACAUCCAAGAAGCACUUAAAAACCCUCCUAGUGUUCAGAAAACUCUUCGAAUAUAUGUUUUCAAUACAUUUGCUAAUCAGCUUCAGACAAUUCCAAAGAAGCCUAACGCAGAGCCCCCUAUGUGGACCCUUAAAAUUAUUGGGAGGAUCUUGGAAGAGGGGAUAGAUCCAGAUCAGCCUGGGUUUGUUAAUAAAACAAACCCCUUUUACCCGAAAUUUUCGUCUUUCUUCAAAAGAGUGACUAUCUCUUUGGACCAGAGAUUAUAUCCAGAUAAUCAUAUCAUUAUAUGGGAACAUGCUCGAUCUCCCACACCACAAGAAGGUUUUGAGGUGAAGAGAAAAGGGGAAAAGGAAUUCACUGUGAAUAUAAGGUUGGAAAUGAAUUAUGUACCUGAAAAGUUUAAGCUUUCUUCAGCUUUAAUGGAAGUCCUUGGCAUUGAGGUUGAUACGCGCCCCAGAAUUUUAGCUGCAAUUUGGCAUUAUGUGAAGGCUAGAAAACUUCAGAACCCAUACGAUCCGUCCUUUUUUAAUUGUGAUGCACAGCUUCAGAAAGUUUUUGGGGAAGACAGAGUGAAAUUUACCAUGGUUUCACAGAAGAUAUCGCAGCAUUUGUCUCCACCACCACCCAUACAUUUGGAGCAUAAAAUCAAGCUUUCCGGGAAUAGUCCUGCUGGAAAUGCAUGCUAUGAUGUGGUAGUUGAUGUGCCCUUUCCUAUACAGAGGGAAUUGUCUGCUCUGUUGGCAAAUGGAGAGAAGAGCAAAGAGAUUGAUGCUUGUGAUGAAGCAAUCUGUGCUACCAUAAGGAAAAUUCAUGACCACUGUAGAAGACGUGCAUUCUUCCUAGGAUUCAGUCAAUCUCCAGUAGAAUUUAUAAAUGCUUUAGUUCAGUCUCAGAGCCAGGAUCUGAAAAUGGUAGCUGGAGAACCUAGUCGAAGUGCUGAAAAAGAGCGGCGAUCAGAUUUCUUUAACCAAUCUUGGGUUGAGGAUGCCGUGAUCCGCUAUCUGAAUCGCAAGCCACCUGCUGGAAGUGAUGCUCCAGGAAGCAUAUGAAUCAUGCAAAGCCACCUAGUGGAAAGUGAUGCUCCAGGAAGAACAUGAAUCAUGGUUCCGAAGGUAUCGAUGGCUUGCUAGGUUUUUCUUUGAUUUGAAUCAUGUAUCAACUGAACUGUAGACCAGUCCUUUAGUGGAAGUAGAAUUACAAUGUUGUUGGAUGAGGAUUUAGAGAGGGAUGUAGAACAGGAAGUAGCUUGUUUAGGCAUGGUUAUCGUCAAACUUUUUUAAACGAAAAAAAAAAUAGAAAUUAGCAUGAUAGUUUUAUUUAGUUCAAUUUGUAAUUUAUAUAUGGUACACUCCAGGAUAAUCAUACCUUGAUUUAGGAUACGAGUAUCAGAUGUUGUUAUGUGUCUCAAA